ACUGAUUGGCAUGAUUUUGAUCAAUCACAGGAGAACGUGAGCUGUCUGAACACCAGUCUGGUGAUUCUGAUGCUAGCGCGGAGGCGGGGUAAGUUGCCUUUCUAUCUGAGCGCUCUGCAAGAGAAGGAAUAUGCAGAGAAAUAUCCCGGCUGCCUGCUCAACAACUUCCACAACCUGCUGCGCUUCUGGCAGCACCACUACCUCAACAAGGACAAGGACAGCACCUGCCUGGAGAACAGCUCUUGUAUUCCCUUCACCUACUGGAAGGAGACGGUCUCAGUGCUUCUGGGCUCUGGAAGAAGCUCACGCUGUGCUAUUGCCUCCUACAUUGAUGAAGCCUACAGGGACCUGGACAGAGACUUCCUGGAGCUGUGACUAUAGACUGAGAGGACUCUCUUUACAUCAGAAUUAGGAAAAAGUUUAUAAGACCUAGUCCAUUCAGAUGCAUUACAGAAUAGGUGUGUGUGUGUGUGUGUGUGUGUGUGUGUGUGUGGAUGCAAGUGUAUCUGGGUAUUCAUGGUGCUGAGGGUAUUGAUCUGCUCGUGUUCAAUAGCAUGAAUGUAUGUUGGCUCAAAGUAUUAAAUGUGAAAUGAAUGUGCUUGGGAAUAUGUAAUGCCACUGUAGGUGUGUUUGUGUUUGCAGUGGCACUAGGGUCUGGAUGUUUUUAAGUUGGUAGAGUUACAGCUGCCUUGUUCUCUAGUGCUAAAUUCUCUCGCCUCCUGUAGGUUGGCUUGUCAGUUACGCAUUCAGACAUGACAAACUCCUGGAAGUAGUCAGGAAGAGCCUCACUGCCCACUGUCCCUUACUGCAAAAAAAAAA